CUUUUCGGUUCCUCUUGUUUUUUCUCGGCGAACCUUUCAGCUCUGAGUCGGCGUGGUCAUGUGACAAGCGCUCGCGCGUCCCAGCGCCCCUGAGUCACGUGAUAAUGUUCUCUCAGCCAAUGAAAAGCGCCCUACUUUGUAGCCAUGCCGACACGUGGGGUUUAUAGCCGUCACUGGGUAUUUGAUUAAGAGAUUUAUAUCCCGGCAAUUAUUACUUCCUGGAACUGGAAAGAGCAACAUGUUUACAUAAUUAGGGUAUUUUAUUCUUUCCUCUGGGGUUAAUAAAUCUAUCUAUCUAUCUAUCUAUCUAUCUAUCUGUCUGUCUAUCUAUCUGUCUGUCUGUUUGUCUGUCUGUCUGUCUGUGCCAAUAAUUCUGCUUCUGACUGGCUUUCUGUCUGUCAAAGGGUGCCAAUAGUUCUGCAUCACAUCUGUCUAUGUCUGUCUGUCUGCCUGUCUAUAUAGCUAUCUAUUUAUGUCACUCUUUGUUCCUUCUUUCCUUUUAAAAUAGUUUGUUUAAAAAUGAAAUAUCCACAAUGUCCCUAUUGUAUAAAUGUGACCAUUAUUAAUUAUGCAUUAUUAUUUUAAGAUAUUAAUCCACCUUCAGACUUUAGGCCAUGCCCAGUACCCAAGUUUGAUCCUGGCAUGGAGUGGCAUUAUAUUGUACGAUUUUUGGCCUGAUAUUGCCGUCGCACACAUAAGCGGUCGUUCCCUCACCAGCCUCUCCUUGUUCUCGACAACCCGCAAAGAAACGUAGACUCAUCUGUUCUGGAGAUGGCGGAAAACUUCAAGUUAGAGCUUUACCUCUGACCGUUACAAAGCGCUGACACUGGAGACUCCUUCCAUAAAUAUUCCAUAAAUACACAUCUCCUUACAGAAAACUUCACCAUAUCAACGAUGUUUCUUUAACUCUUUAUUAUUAGUGUAGUAUCUGUGUAUAGUAAUGAGCUGUUGCUAUAGAAACUAUAACAUAUUAGAACAAGCGCAUUAAUAUAAACUGUUGUUAUAGAAAAUGAAUAAACACCACCUGACCAAUCGGAACGCAGAAUUCAGCAGCACUGUGGUGUAAGAGGGACAGAUUUUGAACAGCUCGGCCGUUGUUGUUGGCUUGUCAGCAUCAUAUGAGCGCUCGAUCACAUGCAGGGUCAUGUCGAGUGGUCCGAUGGGCCUGGGGAAAUGUGAUGUGUGUGUGUGUGUGUGUGUGUGUGUGUGUGUGCAAAUAAACUAUACAACUGAACAUAACCAGGACACAAAAGCAGCAUCACAAAUUAAACACUAUAUUUCAAAAAUAAAUAAAUACAAAUCUGUUGAUUUCCAGGUCGGUGUUCAGAAUCAUGGAGUUUUGGGACGUCAAAAAAAAGACUUCAGUUAAUUCAUUUUAAUAAUUUCACACGCAAAAUGCACAGAAUAGCAAAUAUUGUCAGUAAAAUAUAAUAGAAUAAAAAGUUUUUAUUGUAUUAGACUACAUUAGAACAGUUGCUCACAUAACUAAUGCUUUUGAUUUAAUGAUCUAGCUCUAAUAUGUGUUUGACUGUGUGCUCGUGUGGUUAUCCAUCCGUCAAUCCAUCCAUCCAUCCAUCCAUUUUCUGUACCUCUUCUCCCAUACAGGGUCAUGGGGAGUCUGGAGAUUAUCCCAGGGGACUCUGGGAACAAGGCAGGGGUGGAAACCCAUUGCACAUCACACACUCACACAAUUUAAAGAUGCCAAUCAGCCUACAAUGCAUGUCUUUGGACUGGGGGAGGAAACCAGAGUACCUGGAGGAAACCCCCGCAGCACAGGGAGACCAUACAAACUCCACACACACAGUGCAGAGCCUGCAGAGUCACCAGUGUAGUUCUUGGGACAAGCGAAGAGCAAGGAGAAGAGCAAGGAGAAGAGCAAGGAGGCAGCUGGUGGCGUUAGAGUUUAGAGUUUUAGUUCUCAGAAUUAUUUACACCUAGAAAAUUACAGAAUUAAAAAAAAAGUCAAAUCUACCUCUGUAAGAGAGAAUGAGAUGUAAAGUGUGUGUGUGUGUGUGUGUGUGUGUGUGUGUGUGUUCAGUACCACACUAAUGAAAGGAAGAUAUCCUCGCUGCAAAACAGCCAACCCAUCGCAACAGUCACUUGACCAUGAAGAAGAGAAAGAAGAAGAUGACAUCACUUCUUCCUCAUGCCCAUUAUGUGGGCGUGUAUUUGACGUGCCCCUCCUCCUACCCUGUGCACACACUCUAUGUGGGCGGUGCUUAACAGAGAAGGCAAGGUUAGAUAAACGCAGGUCUGCAUUAAGAACUGCAUCCCAGGGGUCUCAUACGAUCUGUGCCGUCCUCUGCCCACGCUGUUGCCAUGGCAUUGAACUGCCCUGUUCUGAUUGGUCGAGUGCUACUGCAUGCCUGCCCCUUGACCCCACAGUGGUCUUUGAUCCGGGAUCUGGCACACAGGAGGAGGAUGAGAAAGAGGAGGAAGUCAGGAAAAAAACAGCACAGAAACCAGGAGGCGACGUGGAUCUGUCCGAGGAGGAGAUGGAACGUUCCGUCUCAGGUCUACUCUUUGCUCUAGAUGCCUCCUCCAUAACCCCGCCCCUCCAGCUCACUAACUCCGCCCUCACAGUCACCUUCAAGGACUCUGGCACUCAGGCUGGAGGUCGUGACCUCUGUGCAUCUCUCCCUCAUGUGUGUGCUGAUGUGGAGAUCCACAGAGGACAGUACUACUGGGAAGUCGAUGUGUGCAACAGCACCCUCUACCGCAUUGGUGUGAGCUCAUUGGCUGGUGGUGACGCGUGGUGGUUUGAGAGGCGUGGCUCUGGAUUCCACGCUGUGUUUGAUGGCAGACGCGAGCUCCUUCCCUCAAUCCCGCCACAGCUUAAAACAGUGGGCGUGUUCUUAAAUGUGGGUGGGGCUUCCCUCACCUUCCACAACCCGUUAACAGAAGAACUUCUUGCCGCGAUCCCGUCCAUCUUCACUCCUCCUCUUUGCCCUGCAUUUCAACUGGGCCAGGGAAGGCUGAAGCUCCGCCCAGGCCUGCCUCCACCCAACCACGUCUUUCUGAGCCGCAACUCAGCCUAUCGGGGACCCGAAGGGGCAGGGCGCGGGCGGUGGAGGCGGGACGUUGCGUUUGGGUCAGUGAGGGUCGUGAUACAGAAGUUUGAAGAAAUGUCAGUUUCGGAUUCCGAUUCGGGCCUGAUGUCCAGCUGUAGCUCCGACUCCACCCUGGCCUCCAUCCCUGACCCGAGUCCGGAAACUUCCGCAUCUCGUCCAGCGCAAGAACGCUGAAGAACCUGAGAGUGUCUUCUACUGGCUAUUUCAUAAUCAUCUGCAGAAGAUAACAAGCCACAAACUUCUCCAUGGCUCCCUGUACACUAUCACUUCUUCAUCUUAUUCAUCGUAUCUGCAGUGCUAACAGUGCGUGAGCGAUAUCUGAGGUCGUCUGUCACGUUCUGUCAAAACACUUCUGCUUCACUGCGUAAAUACAAUGAUAAUUAACACUAGCACCCUCGUCGCCUAACCAGCUAGCUAAUCAACAAAUAAAUAAAUAAACAUAAAUAAAUAACCUAGCUACGCAUGUUUAUGUGUCCUUAAAUUUGUGCUAAAAAUCCUGGAUGUUGACAUCAUUUGCAUUUUCGGUUCACGCUCAAAAAUCAAAACACAGUGAAAUCCGAGACUUUGCAAAGUGUGCAUAAAAAUCUGGAGUCGUUAGAGUCAGUCCCUUCAGGACCACAGAAACGAGCGCAAAAUCAAGCAAACUCUGCGGUAUUCAGAGGAGCUCGCAAUUUUUCAAAAUGACCUCAGAUUUUCUGCAGACUCGGGCCGAGACGUGUUGCGCGAUGUCA